AUGCAAAUAGUUUUAAAUGUUAACUUGGAGAAUUCUAUGUAGAUAAUGGAUGUUAGAUUUGUAAAUCAAAUUAAGGAUAUUAUUCUGUUACUUAUGAUAGUAUAAAAUGCUUUAUUUUCGAUAAAUUAAAAUUUAAGAAUAUAACUGCAAAAGGUAAUUGGAGACCAAACUAUUAAUCUUAUUAAUCAGAGUAAUGUUAUAAAAAUUUAGAGUUUUGUACAGGUGGAUGGGGAGUUGGAAAUGAAUUGUGUAAAAUUGAGAACAAGACUACCAGAAGACAAUAGGGCUAUCACCUUCUAAAAGGAGAUAGAAUCUGUAUAAUUUUAAUAUUAAAAGCAAUAGAUAUCCAAAACCAUUUGCUAUGUAAAUAGUUAAGCAGAUUCAACAUCAUGCUUAGAAAAUUCAACACCAUGUGACUACUGA